AUGUCUUCUUCCGAUAUGCGACGCAGGACCACGGGCGACAGUAGUAAUCAUGGUCGGAGCUUGGGCCGCAGACUGACCGAGUCAUUUUCCGUACAAGCCAAGAAAAAGGACGCUGAAUACAAAGUCUACCGGGAGCGAUACGGCGUGUACAACGGCAUGACAUGGGAAAAGCUCAAAGGAUAUCUCGAGCGACGAUUCCCACAAUCAGAAUUUCCUGGGCUCAAAUUCAACGAAGAGCGCGUGGGCGAUAAAUGGGUCUUUGAUGUGCCCGAGCCUUUGAAUGAUGUGGACAAGAAGGAGCUACAACGGCUGAGGGACGGUGCGACGGAUGCCAACACCAACCUGCACGCGCCGGCCACGUCUCGGGCAGAGAAACGUGAGUCGGUCUCCCCCGAGCGCAAGUAA